CUGAGAGAGAAAUGGGCCACCUUGGCAUCAUAGAAGUCAUAGGUUGGUUAAGAUAAGGUUAGUGUCCGGCUUUCCAAAUAUCAACCGCCACCGCAUCGAUAUCCAAAACCAUCGGCUUAUAUGUGAUUGUCAAGGAAUGGGCAAACGGAGCAGAUAAUUCUUCUGAAAAUGGCAGCCAAAGUGGCUCUCUCUUCUUGUCUCAGAACCCAGAUUCCUGUCUUCCCCAAAUCUUCAUCACCACCAUCAGCUUGCCCUUGUGCUCUUGGUUCACAAAAGACAAGGGUCCAUCAAUUCAAAGUACAUGCAAACUUAGGGGAAGGAGAAGGAGAACUCAAGCCAAAAGGAAAGAGGAAAUUUAUAACAAGAGAAGAAGAACCAGAACAGUAUUGGCAAACUGCAGGAGAAAGGGAAGGAGAGAAUCCCAUGAUGACCCCUCUUCCUUACAUUAUCAUAUUUGGCAUGUCAACACCCUUUGUAAUCUUAGCCAUUGCUUUUGCUAAUGGCUGGAUCAAGGUACCUGUUCGAUGAACUUUGCCUUUGCAAUGCAGUGAGAAUGAGAGACUGGGUCUUCCAUGGUGGUGAUUCACUCGAUAGACAUCUUCAAUUCAGCCUUCUCAGCUUUCAACAUCUAAGCAUUAAGCAUAUGUUGUGAACACACUUGCUUUGAGUAUUUAUGAUGUUAGUUUUUCAGGCAAAAAUAAAUAUAAAAAGGUCUUUCUACAAUCAUUCGUCAGAAUGAAUGAACUGUACCAAACACACAGGAUGGAAAUAUCAAUGCGAUAUAGCUUCCUUCGUUGCCAAAACAAGAUCUGAGUAAAUUCCUACUAGUGUUUGUGAAUCAGUUUUAGGGAACUUAGUAAUCACUCAUUUUUGUCCAAUAGAGAGUUGCUAGGGCCUGCCUGUAUGGGCAUGGCACAUUGCUUGCGAGAUCUUAUGGGUUGGAAGACAAAUCCUUGCCUCCAGGUGAAACUGGUGCAGGUUCUGCUCAUAUUUUUGAGGCUUUGGGUCUAUUGGGUUCAAGUUGAAAUCUACAGUGAUUCGGAUUGGGUUGGAUGACUUUCUAAGUUGGGUGAUUGGAAUGUUGUCAAAUUCUGCCAUUGCUUAAGAUGGCAAUCAAGUUUAAAUUCAAAUUACGUUUAAGUCAUCUUGAGUUUGCAUUGUUCCAAAUUUCAUUAUCAAAUCAGAUUCCAUUUGUUAACGUUUUGAAUACAUUCAA